GUGGCCCCGUCCUUCCGGCUGAGAGACGCUGCAGGCUCCUCCCCCCGCUGCCCACACGCCAGGCGGCACUCGCGAGAUACGGGCAGACCGAUCGGGCAGAGCGGCGGCUGCGGAUACCGUAGGCCCCGAGAGAACGGAUACCGAGCCCCCGGCUGUGUCCCCCCCGCCCCGCGCUCAUGGCCGGCUACGACUACCGCUCGCUGUCCGCCUCGGUCCUCCUCGGGCUGCUGCUCGGAUCAUGCGGCCUCCUCCCGGCACCGGCCGCCGCCCAGAUCGCUGGGUUUGUCAAGUCGCCUAUGUCAGAGACUAAACUUACAGGGGAUGCCUUUGAGCUGUACUGUGAUGUGGCCGGGAUCCCUACACCAGAGAUCCAAUGGUGGUACGCUGAAGUGAAUCGGGCAGAGUCUUUCAAACAGCUAUGGGAUACUGCAAGAAAACGCCGGGUCACCAUUAACACUGCAUAUGGCACAAAUGGGGUGAGUGUCUUGCGAAUAACUCGUCUGACCCUGGAAGAUUCUGGGACCUACGAGUGCCGGGCAAGCAACGACCCCCGGCGGAACGACUUGAGGCAAAAUCCAUCCAUAACUUGGAUCCGAGCCCAGGCCACCAUAAACGUCCUGCAGAAGCCAAGAAUCAAUGCCAGUGAGGAAGUUACCAUAAAGAAAGACAGCGGUGCUAUUUUGUUGCAGUGCAACCUUACUACUUCCACCCUGGGAACACCCGAAAGCACUCACUGGACGAAGAAUGGAGUGGAAGUUGCUAACAGCCGCAAGCUUGUCGUAAAUGAUAACUACAUGGAGCUGAGGCUUCCAAAGCCAAAAGCUGACGAUUCUGGGGAGUAUCUUUGUGUUUUUACCUUUGCCAAUGCUCCUCCUGCCAAUGCUACAGUUGAAGUGAAAGCUGCCCCAGAAAUCACUGGUCACAAAAAAAGUGAAAACAAGAAUGAAGGCCAGGAGGCACUGAUGUACUGCAAAUGUGUGGGAUACCCUCAUCCUGAGUGGUCGUGGUUUAAGAAAGUGGAUAAUGAAUUCAUGGAGAUAAAUAAUGGGAGUGGACGCAUAUUCAUUACUAGUAAAGAGAACUACACAGAGUUGAGGAUCAUAAACCUGGACAUUAGUGAAGACCCUGGUGUAUAUGCUUGUAAUGCUACCAAUUCUGUUGGGUCCGCAAACAGCAGCAUCAUCUUACGUGUGCGCAGCCACCUAGCCCCACUUUGGCCUUUCCUGGGAAUUGUGGCAGAAAUAGUAAUUUUGGCUGUCAUCAUUGUGGUCUACGAGAAACGCAAGAGGCCGGAUGAAGUACCAGACGAUGAUGAACCAGCCGGACCAAUGAAGAGUAAUUCCACAAACAAUCACAAAGAUAAAAAUUUGAGACAGCGAAACACAAACUAACCAGCGCUUACUUCAUGGACUCUGUCAUACCACAACCCAUCCUCCUCUCGAAGAGCUGGAGCUGCUGAAGUUGAACUGCGGAUUUCUUCAAUAUUCCUUUUUUGUGUGUUUUUUUGUUUUACUUUUAUGGGAUUGAGGGUACAAAACUUUCUUAAAAGCAUGCCUUAUAUAGCCUCCAAGGCGACAGAGUGGAUGGGAUUUCAAUAAUAGAAUGCAUAUGCAGCUUUAUGUGCUGUGGCUGAUUUAUAAUUACUUUAAAAAAAAAAAAAGUCCACUUAGUCUAUAUAGACCUAUUCAAGCCUUCCAAAAAAGAAGCGGGAGGGGGGAUUCGGGGUUAAGGGCAAGUCGUGCAUGCAAUAUUAUGUAUUUUUAUUUGUAUGUGUUUGGUCUUAAUUUUUAAUGUUCUUAAUUCAGCUGUGCAAAAAUUCCCUUAAAAACAAAACAUCUAAAGCUUCAGCCCAAAUAAAUAUUUUUUUUCCCCCCACAUAUAUAAAAUAUAAGGCACAGAUUUUUUUUUUAAAGAACUAUUGUUGACUUGGGAGGUCAGUGAAGCAGUCAUUCCAUCGGCAUGGCACAUGCUACUAUAGGAGUGAUACUGUUGAAUUAGUUGUGUCUUCUAGAGAGGUGCAAAGCCUGACUUCUAGAGAUUGAAGUGUAGCACAACUCAACAAAAUUAUUUAAAUGCACAAGCAAAAUAUGUUCAAACCCUUCUAAUUUUCAGCUGGAAUAUCACGCAUCCUUUCUGAGAAAACCAGUACUCACUGUAGUAAAUUUGAUGGUAAUGCCCAAAAAAGGGCAAGGUUUGUUGCUACAGGUCACACUUGUCUAUCCUUUAAACUGAAAGGUUAACUGUUUAGAAGCCAUGUAAUAGGAGCUGACCAUUCCUACUAUUUCACGUUCUGACCAAGAGGGAGGCAAAAUAAUCUGUUUAUGGGUUUAUCAGUGCAACUAGCACUAGUUCAGAUACUUCUGUCUAAAAUAUAUAUAUAUUAGGUGGGAUGCUUUAUAACUGAACAUUGGUUCAAACAUGUAUAUUAUUGAAUCCUUUUGCACUGUUAUGUCAAAACUGUACAUUCAUGCAAGCAAUUUUUUUUAUAAGUUAUAUAUAUUUUUCUUUGUUUUGAAGAGGGUUUGUGUUUUCUUUUGGGUUCUUUUAAAAAGAUCUGGAAUUGUUGUUCAUAGCAUGGUUCUAUUCUAUGCAACUAGAUGUAAAUGUGUCAGUCUAUCACUACUGUAAUAUCUUUUAUGGGGAAAAGUAUCGAGGGGCCUUCUAGUUGCAUGAGCCUGUGGAUUGUGUAUUUGAAGUGUAAUAAUGUGUGCAAUUAAAACACCUGUUGAUAAACA